CUAUGGAAAAAACAUAACCUAAUCAGUUUCUGUCAACCUCAAAGAUAUUGUAAACAUUAAGUUUUUCUCCCAUAUUUUACAAACUAAAACAAUAUAAAAGAAGUUUUACAAUGGAGGCCCUUAAGGCAGAAAUAGCCCGAAAACGCAAAAUUAUAGAAGAAUUGACCGUAGUAGAACCUGCCAAGAAAUAUUUCAGCAAAGGCGAUUUUAUCGCGAAGGAACGAGAGGAAUAUAUCAAAAAAUUCGGACUCCCGCUGCAAGGAGAGGAGAAAACCUCGGUGGAAAAUAAAAGUGAUUCAGCAGAAAGUAACGUAGACGAUCAUCUUCUUCCACGUCAAGAAGUUAUCACUAGAUUAAGAGACAGAGAAGAACCAAUUUUACUUUUUGGAGAAACGGAAUUGGAUGCAUUCAAACGGUUACGUAAAGAUGAAUUAUUGGAACCAGAAGCUAGAGGUUUCCGAAACGACUUCCAGGAAGCUAUGGAGAAAGUUGACCAAGAUUAUUUACAGGAUUUGCUCAAAAAUGCUAAAGAUGAGGACCAGAAAAAACCCUCUGGAAGUAAAGAACAGAAAUGUUUGAGCCAUGAAGAAAUAGUUGAAUUAUCAAAAAAAAUGGGCAGAGGAAACAGAGAGCAUGAUAUGACAACAAUUGUUCAUUUCAUAAAUUUAAUAUUGAAGUUAUGGAAUGACCAACUACAGAAUAGGAUGACUGAAGAAAAGAUGGGAACAAAAGGGAAACUUCAAAGAGCCACUUAUACACAAACUCAAGUAUAUCUUAAACCUCUUCUGAGGAAAUUGAAGUCAUUUUCCUUACCUGAUGAUAUUUUGGAUAGUUUAACUGAAAUUGUUGUACAUUUACUGAACAGAAAUUAUCUGAAAGCAAGUGGUGCCUAUCUCCAAAUGGCAAUUGGCAAUGCUCCUUGGCCCAUUGGUGUAACUAUGGUGGGUAUACACGCAAGAACAGGAAGAGAAAAGAUUUUUUCCAAAAACGUGGCUCAUGUGAUGAACGAUGAAACUCAAAGGAAAUAUAUACAAGCAUUGAAAAGACUCAUGACCAAAUGCCAAGAAUAUUUCCCUACCGAUCCAUCAAAAUGUGUGGAAUAUGCUGCUUUCGGAGAGACUCAAGCUGAACCAUCGACCUCACAAUCUUGAAUUGCUAUUUCAUCAAUAGAUAAGGUUUGUAAAUAAUUUGUUAAUAAAGGUACAAAAUAUA